AUGGAUAAGCAAGUGUGUAAAAACUUCUAUGCUAUAAAUAACUCGUUUUCCAAACAAUUGAACGAAAAAGGAGAGUAUCAAAUUAUUAUUAAUAAAAAAAUUUUAGAUAAUUAUUGUAAUAGUAACGAAUGUAGUGAUGAUCUCGCAAAAAUUAAUGCUGGAUGUUUAUAUUUGUUUGAUGCAUUCUUUAAGAAUUCUUCUGUGUUUAAGUCUGAUGCAAACAGUAACACCAACAUUGUUGAAUACAUUAUCGUAUGGUUAAGUUAUAUGUUAAACCUAAAGAGAAGUGAAGAAAAUAUGAGCAAUUUACAAUAUUUUUAUAAGACAUAUAUAAAUGGUAGUGAUAAGUAUAAAAAUCCUAUAAAAGAUAUUACGGAGUAUAAUAGUUAUAAGAAUCUUAUAGAUAAAAAACUUGAUUUGAUAAAUAUGGAUAUGAAUAUUAUAUCUAAAUUUUAUGGUGCAUUUAAUACAUUAUGUAUGAUGUAUAUUGAAUUUGAUGAAAAAAGUUCAAGUUGUACAAAAUGUUUGGAAUAUGCUAAUGAGUUUGUUAAAAAAUAUAAAAAUCUUAAGGAAGAUUCUAGUAUUACUGAAAAAAGUGCAUGUAGUCAAAUAUUGUCUAGUUUAUCAAAUUAUUAUGAUGAUUUUAAAAGUUAUUGUACUAGUAAAGGUGGUAAUUGUAAACAGUAUCCACCCCUUCCAACGAUAGAAACAUCACAAAAUUAUGUAGAAAGUUCUGCAAUAAGCUCUGCACAAAGUUCUGAAGAAACAUCAUCAAGUUCGUCGAUAGGAAACAAAAUAAUUUCAGUUUUAUCGAUAUUUGGUGCGAUAGGAUUUCUUUUGGGAAUUUCUUAUAAGUAUUCGUUAUUUGGAUUUCGGAAACGAUUUCAAAAACAAAAAUUAAGAGAAAAAAUAAAAAAUAUAAAGAAGAGAAUGAAUCAUUAA